UGGAAAUGACCACCAUAGCACCAACCUCUCCCACAUCCGAGGAGUCCAGCCCAGCACUGCUGGACACCACAACCACAACAGCUUCCACAGCAAUGAGCAGCACACCAGCUCCAGUGGCCACCUCAACAGCUCCACCAGCACCUUAUUUUUGUGGUGGCUCAGUCUCAGAUUCCUCUGGGGUGCUGGAGAGUCCCAACUAUCCUGGAAAUUAUCCAAACAAUGCUGACUGCGUGUGGGAAAUACAAGUAGAGAACAAUUUCCGUGUAACGCUCACAUUUAGAGAUAUUAUGAUGCAAAGUGGGACGUGCCAGCAGGACUACAUUGAAGUCUAUGAUGGACCUCUCCACUCUUCCCCUCUUCUUGGGAGAUUCUGUUCUGGUUCCUUUCCCACAUACGUGUCCUCUUCAAACAUGAUGAGUGUUCGCUUCCACAGCGAUUCCAGAUAUUCCUUCAGAGGGUUUCAGGCUCACUACUCCUCCAUUCCAGCAGGUCACAACACCACCAUUCAGUGCUUGCCAGACUACAUGCACGUCGUGGUCAACAGGGACUACCUCCAGUCUCAAGGUUACUCAGCACAGAGCGUCACCCUGAACGACAAUCGCUGCAGACCGACAGUCACCUCACAGGAGGUUGUAUUCAACAUCCCCUACAGCGGCUGUGGGACAGUACAAGAGGAGAACAACGACACAAUCAACUACUCCAACACCAUCAGGCUCGCAUCUUCCGGGUACAUAAUCAGGAGGAAAAAGAACAUCAACUUGCACGUCAGCUGCAAAAUGCUGAGGAAGAGCUGGCAGCAGGUGGUGUACACUGCUGAGGACACCGUGGAUGUGGACGAGUACCAGUUUGGAAGAUACAACAUGAACAUCACCUUCUACGAUUCCCCAGCAUUCCAGCGCCAAGUGCGCGGCUCUCCCUACUACAUCGACCUCAACCAAAACCUCUACCUCCAAGCCUGUCUGCACAGCUCGGACCCAAACCUGAAGGUGGUUGUGGACACGUGUGUGGCAUCACCUGACCCUCGUGACUUUAACAGGCUGGCCUAUUACUUAGUCAGGAACGGGUGUCCUAGAGAUUCUUCCUAUGCCACGUACUACUCCCCUUCCAGCCACUUUGCUCGGUUCAAGUUUAACGCCUUCGAGUUCAUGAGCCGGCACCCGUCGGUGUUCCUGAAGUGCCAGAUGCUGGUCUGCAGGCUCGGAGACUACUCCUCCCACUGCUAUCGGGGCUGCAGCUCCAGGGCCAAGAGAGACACCAGCUCUGCUGAGGAAAAAGUGGAUGUGGUGGUUGGGCCCCUUCAGCUCCGAGGAGGGAAUGCUCCAAGUGGGAACACCAGGAAAGACGAAUAAAUUUCUCUCACGUUUGCUCUAGGAUGACCAACGGGAUUCAAGAAAAGCCACAGCUCUGUCGCCUCUCACUGAAAUCUGUUUUUGCCAACUUUGCUAUAAAAUGGAAGAGAUCCACAGCUUGCAAGGUUCUGCUUUCACUAGCGCUUUUAAAAAGUGUAACUCCCCUGCCUGUCCCAAAGGAGAGUUCCCUGUAAUCCUUUUUAGUGCUAUGACUCCUUGAACUGUGCUAAUUAGCUCCAGUCUGACUGUGAAUUUGAAGGCACUGGGGGAUAUGGUUUGUUGGUGGAUUUAUCUGUGCUAGUUUAAUGGUAGGACUCGAUAACCUCAAAGGUCUUUUUUAACCUAAAGAAUCCCAUGAUUCCAUGACUGGGAGCAAACUCCCAGCCCUCUUGAGAAAUAUUUAAUUCCCUCAGUUGUUUUCUGCUCAUGAAAUUUACUCAGUUGAGUUGUCAUCCCUGCUAAUAUGAAGCCUGUCCAAAUAGUUGAAAGCAAUGAAUCUGUGAGUUUGCUUAUUUCUGACUUUGAUCUGGGAGCCACCCUUUAACACUGGAGCUCUUUAUGCUUUGACCUUCAAUAAGCUGAGAUCAAACCCCAAAACCUUUCACUCAUAGGGCUGGGCUCUUCCAGCAACUGGAAUUGUGGCUAUACAAUAUUCUAAUUACUCUGAACAUUGCUUUUAGUGCUAUACUUCUCAUUGAAACAAUGAUGGGUCUGUGCUUAUUUAUAAAAUGCAGAGAUUUCCAAGCUAAAAUUAAUCUGUUCUGUGAGCAGUGUAAUUGAUAAUCAAAGGAAGGAAUAUUUACAAAGCAAUAAAUCUAUUCUGUCUCUCAAAUAAAUGUCUAUGUGCUUAAAAUA